AGGUUUAGCUUCCUUCUUGAUGACUUUAUUUGCUCAGAGGAAAGUCCAACUCCAAGACAUUCCCUGUUGUUGAGAGCUGAAAUGGCGCAGCAAAGAAAUGAAGCAUACGAGGUGAAAUUCUGCUGUUCGAUCUGUUUGGAUCUGCUGAAGGAUCCGGUGACUAUUUCCUGUGGACACAACUACUGCAUGAGCUGUAUUAAAGCCCAAUGGGAUGAAGAAGAUCAGAAGAAUAUCUACACCUGUCCUCAGUGCAGACAGACUUUCUACCCAAGGCCUGUCCUGAUGAAAAACACCAUGUUGGCAGAGUUAAUUGAGGAAGGGAGGAAGACAGAAGCUGCUCCAGCUGAUCACUGCUAUGCCAGACCUGGAGAUGUGGCCUGUGAUUUCUGCACUGGGAGGAAGCUGAAAGCCUUCAAGUCCUGUCUGGUGUGUCUGGCCUCUUACUGUGAGCAACACCUUCAGCCUCACUAUGAAUCUCCUACUUUUAAAAAACACAAACUCACUGAAGCCUCCCUGAAGCUUCAGGAGAACAUCUGCUCCCGUCAUGAUGAGGUGAUGAAGAUUUUCUGCCGCACUGAUCAGCAGUGUAUCUGCAUUCUCUGCUCAAUGGAUGAACAUAAAGGCCACGACACAAUCUCAGCUGCAGCAGAACGGACUGAGAAGCAGAAGGAGCUCGGUGGAAGUCGGCAAAAAAUCCAGCAGAGAAUCCAAGACCGAGAGAAAGAUGUGAAGGUGCUUCAGCAAGAGAUGAAGGAUAUCAAUUCCUCUGCUGAUAAAGCAGUGGAGGACAGUGAGAAGAUUUUUACUGAGUUGAUCCAUCUCAUUGAGAAAAGAAGCUCUGAUGUGAAGCAGCAGAUCAGAUCUCUGCAGAAAACUGAAGUGAGUCGAGUCAAAAAGCUUCAGGAGAAGCUGGAUCAGGAGAUCGCUGAGCUGAGGAGGAAGGACGCUGAACUGGAUCAGCUCUCACACACAGAGGACCACAUCCAGUUUCUUCACAGUUACCCGUCACUGUCAAAACUUACCAAGUCUACAGAGUCACCAAGACCAAACAUUGACUGUCUGCAUCACUUUGAGGAUGUGGUGGCAGCUGUGACAGCAGCCAGAGACAAAAUGCAGACCAUCCUUACUGAGAAACUGCCUUUAGCAGAGCCCAUGACCAGAGCUGAGCUCUUACAAUAUUCAUGUGAAAUCACGCUGGACCCAAACACAGCAAACAACUUCAUGGUUUUAUCAGAGGGGAACAGAAAAAUAAUGUAUAAUUACAAAAAUCCACCAUAUUCUCAGCAUCCAGACAGAUUCAUUCACAUAUCUCAGGUCUUGAGUAAAGAUGGACUGACUGGACGUUGUUACUGGGAGGUGGAGAUAAGCAGGAAAGCUGGAGUAGCAGUCGCCUACAAGAGUAUUGGCAGAUCAGGGGACUUUAAUGUACAUGUAUUUGGAUACAAUGAGAAGUCUUGGGCACUAUAUUGUGACAAUAGUUAUACCUUCAGACAUGACAACCACUCAAUCAGCAUCUCAGGUCCUAAAUCCUCCAGAGUAGGAGUGUACCUGGAUCACAGUGCAGGUAUUCUGUCUUUCUACAGCAUCUCUCAAACAAUGACUCUCCUCCACAGAGUCCAGACCACAUUCACUGAGCUGCUCUAUGCUGGACUUUUUCUUGGUGGUUCUAAUGGAGACACUGCUGAGUUCUGUCAACUCAAGUAGUCAUUGAAGAGGCAGAGGACAGGUUAAUAUCUAAGAAACGUAUUAACUUCUGUAGGACAUGAAUGCAGGUGCAGGUAUGGACAAAGUGUUUUGUUUCAAAUCAUGCCUCAUGUAAAACAGGAAGUCAGGAGUCUAAAGUACAGUAUGUUCACUCAGCAGCUCAGUGCUGGACUCUGGCUUUGUGGUGUCAGUGGAGACACUGCUGAGCUGUGUGAGCUCACGUCACAGACUUAUUAAAGAGACAGUGUGUAAUAUUGUGUUUGAAUUUAUCUUUCAAUUUCUUUUGAUUAUUUUUAUGUAUCUUCUUAGUCAGUCUUGAUCCUGCUUCUUAUUAUUAUUAUCAUUAAUAUUUUGUGUUUACUAAUUUUAGUUUUUUGUUUUGUUUUGUUUUUUAAUUGUAUAUACUUUUAUUGGUAUGACUUUUUAAAUAAUUCCUCUGUAUUUCCCAUUAUCAUCUGUCUUCUUCCUGAUAUGUUCUCUUAAUCCUUGUUUAAUUCUACCUUAAUUUUUGUCUGGCCUUAGUUCAGCAUUAUUGUUUGGCUCCUAUUGUUAUAUUGCCUCUGAUGUUUUUGCUUCUGCUUUGCUUUGUUUGUCAAAGCACUUUGUAAACUGUUUUUCACAGUGCCAUAUAAAUACAGUUAAUAUCAUUAUUACUAUUUAAAACAGAUAAAAUCAAUAACUUCAGGGACUGUAAAAUGUGUUUAUCAUCCGGUGUUAGUUUGUAUUCUUGUUUAUUUCCUGUGUGUGAGGAAUUUUUGUUGAUGCGUCUCUGGAUUCUUAAAUUCAUAAGAACAUUUACUGUUUUUGCAUACAUUUACAGCAACUAAAGGGUGUUUUCAUAAAAUCCAACUUUAGUGAGAGCACUGCAGCAUUACAAAGAUUUCAUACAAGUUUUUGCUAAAAUAUGAUGAAUUUUUACAUUUAAUAAAAAUGAAU